AUGGUUGCGGAUUUUCAUUUACAGCGCCGUUGAUGAUGUUUUUUGUAGUGAAACAUAAGCUCAAAUGAGGCGAUUAAGCGUUAAAGAUGAACAGGCCGGCCUACGAUUACACCGUGCCUGCAUCCACCACAUAUCACGCGAGCACUAACAGGCCACCGCAGUACGAGCGUGGUUACGGACAACUCACAGCCGGCCCAUUAUACAGUCCGUCUUCCCAUCCUCUAUCCAAUUAUGCAGAUGUGUAUGAGGGUAAUAACGACACCACACUUAGAGCUGAAGAGAGACACUGGUAUAUAGAAAAUCACAAGAACUUACAACCCACCUAUGAAGUUAAUCAUGACACUGUACCUCAAGAUGCCAAAAUUAAAAAAGAAGAAGAGAAGAAAACAGAGGUUCCUGUCAGACGCGCGGAUGUCGCGCAAACGAGGCAGCGGAGGAAAGAGGACCGCUGCUCUUGUGAAUGUUGGCCUACUACAGACAAUAAUGUUGCACAAGAUGCCGUUGGUAAUGAGACCACGAGGUCUCUGUCGAGAGUGGAUAUGGUUGCGUCGUACGGUGUGUACAGUAAUAACCACGAAGACGAAAACUCGGGCUUCGCACGACUCUCGGAGAAAAGUGCGAUAUAUGGACAAGGGAGCGAGGCUCCUGUACAAGGUGUAAUAGUGAAUCAGCAAGGGAACAGUGCUGUAGUGCGAGCUGAGUCUCCCACGGAACCUUCCUGUGGCAAGUGUUGUGCCUGGUCCUCGAGCCCUCCGGCCGCCAACUCAGAAGACUACUGUUGGCUGCAUUACUGUCGGCCUGCACUGAUUGUUCUUUUACUUUUAUUUUUUCUAGUUUUGCUGGGUGUGUCAACAGGGUUUUUACUGACGAAUAAUUAUCUUCAUUACCAACCUCGACCGCCUGCCCCAGAAGAGGCGUGUGAAAAAACGUUUUGUCGAUGGGGUGCGGAGUGUGUGUCCCUGGGGGACGGACGUGCCCAUUGCGCCUGUCCUGCGAGCUGCCCGCCGACCGCCGCGCCCGUGUGUUCGACUGCUGGCCGGACCUACCGCAACCAUUGCUACCUACGUAAGGAGGCGUGCGAACGAAGGCUGAAUCUGCGCGUCAAGCAUGAUGGCGAAUGCGAAGCCGGGGAUCCAUGCGCCGGAGUGUCCUGCCCAGUCGGAGCUCGCUGCGUGGCGAGCUAUGGCCAGCCUGAAUGCAGGUGUCCACGGAGUUGUCAACGACGGAAGCCUGUCUGCGGAACCGACGGGAAGGAGUAUCCAUCAGCGUGCCAUCUGGACAAACAUGCCUGUGAUAAUACUCUCAAUAUAAGCAUCAAAUAUCACGGAAAAUGUGAUCCUUGCUCGGAACACGAGUGUGCGGACGGGGGUGUGUGCCAGCUAAACGAAGCGCGCGCGCCGGUAUGUCGCUGCGGUCCAUCUUGCGAGCUGGUGGCGCGUCCAGGAUCCGCUGUCUGCGGCUCGGACUACAGAGACUAUCCUGGCGAAUGUGCACUGCGACAGGAGUCGUGCCGAACCCGACAACAGCUCACUAUUGCUUAUAGAGGAGAAUGCGCUUCAGCCCAACAUCCAUGCGAAUCCGUGAAGUGUGGACUUCGGGAGCAGUGCUCGCUGGACGCGCGUGGCGUGGCUGUGUGCGGCUGUGGCGCGGAGUGCGAGGCCGUUGUGCGGCUUGUGUGCGCCACAGACGGACGCACCUACGACAGCCCGUGCCACCUCGACCGAAUCGCGUGUCUAGAGGGACGCGAUAUAAGAGUCGCGUAUGCCGGUCCUUGUGGUCUGGAAAACCCGUGUGCACGCGUUAAAUGCCCGUGGGGAGGAGCGUGUAUAGCCCGUAAUGGCGCCGCGCAAUGUGCGUGUCCUGUGUGUGACGCUGCGCUUGCGCCGGUCUGCGCCUCCGACCACAACACUUACGGCACUGAGUGCAAAAUGCGCAUGCACGCUUGCCAGGAGGGAAUAAACGAAGGAGAGCUACGUGCUCUAUACAAUGGAACUUGUCAGACAUGCGCCGACAUCGUUUGCCAAGGCGGCGGGGACUGCAUCGUCGACGGGGACACGGGCCGCCCUGUAUGUCAUUGCAACCACAACUGCACUGAAGCGCAGGAGUCGGCCGCGGUAUGCGGGACAGAUGGUCAGACCUAUCCCUCACAAUGUGAACUGGACUCGACAGCGUGUCGCGAGCAAAGUGAUUUGCGGCUCGCCUACAAAGGAGACUGCGCUUUGUGCGAAGACGUUCAAUGCUCGUUCGGGGCGAUCUGCGCGGCUGGUGAAUGCAUCUGUCCCACCGAUUGUACUGGGGCCGCUCGUGAGCCCGUCUGUAGCAGCACCAUGCAGACAUACCCUAAUGAAUGUGAACUGCAGAAGGCCGCCUGCCGACUCCCUCCACCUGGCACACUCCACGUCAUCUUCUACGGAGAUUGCAAAGACAGACUCGCCGUUGUACCACCGAUCGCUAUGACGACGACCGCGAUGACCACGACCGAGGCGGAGGAAGGGCCGACGGAUUCUUCAGGCGCCACUGACCUUGGCACUGUCAGCCCUACUGCCUGUCGAGACAUUCGGUGUGACUUCGGAGCCAGCUGCGAGAUAGGUCCAGAUGGUUACCCUCGCUGUUCCUGCCCCUUCGAAUGUCCACAUGACGAUGAGUACUUCCCCGUCUGCGCUUCUGAUUUUCGACUUUAUCCCAGCAUGUGUGCUAUGCGGAAGGAAGGUUGUCAAGAACAACUCGAAUUGAGACUUCGACCAUUGGAUCUAUGUAAAGGUAUGGAAGUAAGGCCUUGCGGUAACAACAAGGCAAUGGUUGAUCCAACAACUGGUCUUGAAAUUGACUGCGGUAAUGGGCCACACCGGCAAGAUUGCCCCGUCGGUAGCUAUUGCCAUAUUACAUUGACUGCCGCAAGAUGUUGCCCCAAAAAUGAUACGCGGCAACAGGACGAGAAGAAAGACAUUCAUUGCGGCGAGAGCGCGUUCGGAUGUUGUGCGGACGGCAGCACUGCGGCUACGGGGCCUAAUGAGGAGGGAUGUCCGAUAACGAGUUCGACUUGCGGCUGCAAUCGCCUCGGCUCGGUGUCGGAUCGAUGCGACGAGGGUGGUCAGUGUGUUUGUCGGCCGGGCGUGGGCGGUCUGAAGUGCGACCGCUGCGAGCCCGGCUACUGGGGGCUGCCGAGGAUCGGCUCCGGUCAUACUGGUUGCAUACCAUGCGGUUGUUCCGCGUUCGGUUCAGUGCGUGAAGAUUGCGAACAAAUGACAGGACGAUGUGUAUGUCGUACUGGAGUUCAAGGGCAGAAGUGUACUGUGUGCGCUGACCACCGCCGUAGAUUAGGACCUAAUGGAUGCUCUGAUCCGGAGAGCGGCGGCGUGGUUUCUUCGUGUGCCGAAUUAUCAUGCUACUUUGGAGCCGUAUGCACGGAACGGACCGGCGGCGCUCUCUGCGAGUGUGCAGCUGCUCCGUGUCCUGACAGCGAUACCAACAUGCUGGUAUGUGGUAGCGAUGGGAAGACUUAUGAAUCGGAGUGUCACCUUAAGUUGCAAGCAUGUCGCACGCAAGAGGAUAUCGUGGUUCAGGCGUUCGGACCUUGCAAGUUGGGAGAAGUGGCUGGCACCGCUGGUCCACCGCGUCCCUCCUCCCCUAUACAAUUCACACAACAAGACGACGGCGCCGCCUCCAAGUCUACCAGGCAUUUGCUCAAUCCCAACUACAACAAAUACGAUUGGACGAGGAAGGAAACACCAAGCGAUUUUGAAGGCGUUCUUUCGGGCCAGAAAUUUAAAGGUUCGCAAACAGCAACAACCGCAACGCUGGGCGCGGUGGGCGCAUUACUGGGGGACCUGUGCACUGAGGAUGCUGACUGCGUGGCACUGCCUGGAGCCUAUUGUCCGCACGGAGGCUGUGUUUGCAGACCUGGAUACACGCCCACUGUUCACAGGAAAGCAUGUGUUGAACAAAUACCGCAAGAGACAACUGAGGAAUACAGCGCUUGUUUAUCAGAGCCAUGCUACAACCUGGGCACAUGUAUCGACUUGCCAGGCUCCACUUACACUUGUCAGUGUGCGGGAUCCUUCACGGGAGCCAAUUGUGAAUCUCUCGCAAAAGAUGGUCUUCUCAACAACUACAUCGAAACACCAUCUUUUGACGGUUCAUCCUACAUACGACUAAAACCCUUAAAGGCUUACCACAAGUUGAAUAUCGAUAUCGAAUUUAAAGCUUUUUCCGAGAAUGGCGUCAUAUUGUACAAUCAGCAAAAACCGGAUGGCACGGGCGAUUUUGUUUCGCUCGCUUUGGUCAACGGAUAUUUAGAGUUUAGGUAUAAUCUAGGGAAUGGUGUAUUAAUUUUGACAUCUUUGGAGAAAAUAUCAUUGAAUGAAUAUCACAAGGUAUCUGCAAAACGAUAUCAUCGAGACGGAAUCUUGGCCGUUGAUGACAUGGAAGAUGUCGUUGGACAAUCAAGCGGUCACCUCAAAGCAUUAGAUCUCGCUGAAGAUGCUUUUAUCGGAACUGUACCCACAAAUUAUUCCAGGGUAUUCGAUAAUAUCGGCACUCGAAGCGGGUUUAUCGGUUGCGUAAAAUCCUUGAGGAUAAUUCGUCAUCAAGUGACAAAGAAGUUGGGCCGUCCAGACUCAUUAGUCGUCGCUAUAGAAAACGUUCGAGAGUGCCAAUCUAACCCGUGUAUGAGUAUUCCGUGCAAGAAUGGUGGCACGUGUAAAUCCAUAGAGGGGUCGGCGACCGAAUAUACUUGUAGCUGCCCUAUCGGAUUUCAAGGAGCCAAUUGUGACGAGAGAUUAGAUCCGUGCGAGUCGAAUCCCUGCGGAUAUGAUGAGGGGCUAUUGUGUGACAUAGGACCCGAAGGCGGCCACGUCUGCCGCUGUUUAUUUGGAGGUGAAAUUGGUUCUAACGGAAAUACUUGCAGUAAUGACGUUAAUGUGAUACAAGAGACUUGGACGCCCCAAUUCAAUGGUACGAGCUAUAUCGAAUUACCGCCACUCGAAGGGCUGGGGAAAGCGUUCCGAAUAGAAAUUUGGUUUUUAACGAACCGAUUUUCCGGAAUGCUUCUUUACACCGGCCAGUCUAAUAAAGCCAAAGGGGAUUUCAUUGCGAUUAACUUAGUUAAUGGUUACCUACAAUUUAGGUACAAUUUGGGAAGCGGUAUCGCUAAUAUAACGUCUCCGGUGCCUAUAACAAAAGGUCGUUGGCAUCGGGCGAGAGUGUCCCGAUCUGGUCGUCACGGAAGCUUACAGCUCGACCACCACCCGACACAGAGGGGACACUCUGCGCCUCCUCUCACUCACUUAGAACUCACGCUGCCUUUGUUCAUUGGAUCUUUGCCCGCCUACAUCCGCCCACACAAAAUGUCAGGAGUGACCAGCAGUUUUAUUGGAGCAGUGCAACAGGUUUUUGUGAACGGGAAUCCACUUACUUUGUACGGUGGCGACAUAGCGAAGUGUACUAUAGUACAAGAAGAGGAGCGUUUACCUUGUGCCACGACAGGGGUCUCGAAGUACACUGGCCCGCCGUGUGGAGACGGAUUAACACCGUGUAAAAACAACGGGUCAUGUGUACCUCUACUAAAUGAAUACAAAUGUAUAUGCCGCGAUGGGUACAAAGGAAGAAAUUGUGAAAUUCAACAUCCCACUGUGGAAAUGUUAAACGAGAGAACGCCAGUUAAUUUUGACGGAAAUAAUUAUUUCUCGUACAGAAGCAGAGGAAGCCGUAGGAAUAGCGGAGCUCGCGGUAUUAGAUAUGAAAUUAAAUUUCGGACGUACAAUGAAUCAGGUCUUUUAUUAUGGAGACGGAAGAUCGGAAUAAGACCACGUGAUUUUAUUGGACUUGGUUUGGGCGACGGGAAACUUCAGUUGAUUUACACUGAUACUGAUGUGAAAGAAAUAAACUCUGCUACCCACGAGGAUUGGUUCCAAUGUGUGGAGUCCAAGGUACGGGUGAAUGAUGGGAGAUGGCACACGGCAACCAUCAGACGGAGGAAAAGAUUGGCCAUGUUGCAAGUAGAUGACAAACCUCCUGUAAGAGGGUACUCUCAGUCCUUGCUGGUACCUUCGAAAUCCAACCCCAAGCUUUGGAUAGGCGGAUCGCCAUCGCUGCCUCUAGGGUUGCCAUCUUCUCUCUACACUGGUCUGCGCGGGUGUGUUGCCAGUGUGAAAGCAAACGGACGUCACAUUGACCUCGGCACACCCAUACGACCUGCGACUGAAGUAAGACAUUGCGAAUAAAAAUCGCCGAAAAUUAUUGAGAUUACGCAAAAACGAUUUUGAGAUAAAAAAAAUGAAAGUAUUAUUUUGUAGCUGUUCUGUUGAAUAGUUUGAUAGUACCUGUUUAAUGUUAUGUACCUAAUACAUAUCCAUUCCAUUUCAAUUGCAUUUUAGUAAUUGUCAUAGUUAGUAAUAUUUCUUAAAGGAACCGGGACUAAGUCCGUUGAAUAGCAUCGCAUGCAUUUUUACAUAAAAUUAGAUCGACCAGACUUAGUGGCCAUGUCUUGCAUUUUAUUUAUAAUAAAUAGUUUGUAAGUAGUCGAUUGUACCGGCAAAUAUAAUAUCGACAACAUAAACUACAGUUAAGACUGAAAUAACAUAUGCAUGGAAAUCUACAAAUUACAUGAAAAUUUAGGGUGCUUAGAUAUUACUCAAAAAAAUAAUUUGUAUUCACCUAAAAUAUCAUUGUUUUUACUUAACCAAAAGAAUGUGCUGCCAUAAUAAUUUACGUUGUAGCUAUAGGUGUUAAUGUUUAUAUUCAGUUUGUAUAGGUGCUUGAUACGCCAGAUUUUACAAACAUUUUAUACUCAGAGUAUAAAUGAAAAGAGGUAAAUAAAUGAUAAAUAACUUGGAUAUUUUCCCCGUGAAUCCUGACAUAAAUAUUAUAUAGUUGUUAGAUUAGUUCGUUUCAAGAAAAUUAAUUGCGAAGAAAGUUUUAAAAACUUUCAUUCGAGUGAAGUUGAAAAUGAUUGAUGAUGGCAACAUUCCAUUUGUGACUAACACGUUUUGUCCACAACUAAAUGUCCAUUUUAGGAAUAAUCAGCCUUCUGUUUUGAUCUUGUUCUAUGACAUAAAGAUCAACUUUAUUUUAAUUACUAUUAAUUUAAUUAAUUUAAAUAAACAGUGCCAUAGUAAUUGUACAGUAAGUAGCUAUGUUCAUAGAUGUUGAUUUCUAUCAAAAAUAUGUUCUAUUAAGAAUUAAACAGCCAUGUUGUGUACUUAAGUAAUUAUGGAACAUAAUUAUUUUCUUUUAUAAAAGCAUUUUAGUAGACAUUUCUAUUUCUUAUUUAUCUUCGUCAUCGUAAAUUUAAUUAAGAAUUUAUUUUCAGUCUUGCGUAUGUCUAUAUAAGAAAUGGAUCUGUUCACGACUUACUUUAAUUUGAUAUCUCAUCAUUGCCAUAUAAUUUUGUAAUAUAUGUACAUAAUUCUCUAGACUAGUUUACGUUUAAGUCGCUUAAUUUUCUUUAGGAGCAAUGUCCGUAAACGCUACGAAACGUAUACUAACAUAAACCUACUCGUGGAUAAACCCCAACGGGGCCAUCGAGAUAUGCUCUUGAAGUCGGUUCUAUGUUUGAUGUAUAGUUGAACUUUCAAAUAAGUACCUUACAGCGCAGUAUUAAAGUUACAUUUAAGACACGUAGUCUACUCUGCUUUGAACGAAAUUAAUAUCACACUAAUUUUCUUUUUAAAAACAAUACGUGCGUGAGAUUUACUUGCAUAAAUGUUGUAAACUGAGGUAUGUUUUAUCGUUGUGAAAAUUAACCAAAACGGCUUAGAAUAGCUACUACAAAAUGUACUAAAUAAAUAACGAAUUUGAAUUUUAUUUGUAAGAGUGUAAAUUUUAAAAUUACCUAAUGUUAUGUAUAGAAAAAUUAUUUGGUAAAUAGAAAUUAGAACGGAUUAUCUAAGGUAAUCAUUUUGUUUUUCUAAUGUGCUAAUUUGAGCGCUGAUUUUUGGAACUAAGUUGUUUUUCUACUCUUCAUCUAGAGGAAUACUUGUAAGGUAAUGAUACUAAUAAAGUAAAACAAUGACAAUAUUAAAUCUAUAUAAUAUCAGAACGACUUUUAGCGUUUCGUUCGUAUUAGACGUGCUUCGUGUUAAGCGAGUCAUAACCAAUACUCUUAUAGAUUUAGAUCGGACCCUGUCACCGUUAAUUCUUGGUAAUUGUAUAAUCUAUUUGUGAUAAAGAUUAAUAGACACCUUAUAUGGAAAACGUUAGAAAUGUUUACGAAAUCUACCUGAAGGAACGGAGGCAAGGGUUAGCAGCAAUAUAUUUACCUACCUGUAGGUACAAUAAUGUAUCACUGGGUCUUACAUAUCUUCCAGUCCAAUUUGUUACGCAAUGUGUGUUUCGAUGUAACUAUCUUAGUUUAUUGAAUAUAAAACGAUUAAUAAAAGAGACUGCAAUCCGCAAA